AUGGCCAUGAGGAUGAAGAGGAGCUGUUCCUGGCCGGUCUCUGCGCCUGUCCGAGGCUUCGUCUUCGCACAGCUGUUGCUGCCCCUGUGGACCCCGCUCUUCGAACCGCUUCCGACUCUCCGCUGCUGUGCACCGCGGCGCCGGGUCUCUCCCCCGGACAGCGCAGCCUGUGCCGGCGGCACUCGAACCACGCAGAGGAGGUGGCCAAUGGCGUCCAGCUGGCGCUCGACUGAGUGUCGGCACCAGCUGCAGGCCUGGCGGUGGAACUGCACCACGCCCGGCGCCGAGGACACUCUGGGCCCCGUGGCUCAAUCUGGUGGCGCCCUGUCGUCGCACUCGGGGGCGCUGCCGGGCAGCUGCGACUGCGUCGAUGCGGCCGCGGCAAGUCUGCCGCGUGGCGCCCAGCCGGGCUGCGGGGACGACGUCAAAUACGGAUACCGGUUCGCCAGGAAGUUUGUGGACGAGAGCGAGCACGAUCGCAGGCGGCAUGGAGGAGGAGGGGAGUCUCGGCUGGAGCUCGUCCAGAUGAAUUUGCACAAUAACAAGGCCGGCCGGCUGUGCCACGGGUUGACUGGCGCCUGCACGCUCAAGAUCUGCUGGCCACAGCUCGCAGACUUUCGCAAAGUUGGAAACUUUCUCAAGGAAAAGUACGACGCAAGUUCCGCCGUGCGGCUGGUGACCCACAACUGGCUGGAGCCGGUGGACGAGGGGUUCGUGGCGCCCACUGCGAGCGAGCUGGUGCACGUGCACGGCAGCCCCGACUACUGCGAGCGCGACGAUGCUCGCGGCGUUCCCGGCACGGUGGGGCGGCGGUGCGACUUGCGCUCCAACGGCACCGGGGAUUGCUCGAUCAUGUGUUGCGGCAGAGGGUACAACACCGUCCGAGUGAACGGUGGAGAAGCGGUGCAGAUGCAAGUUCCGGUGGUGCGCUCCGUCAAGUGCGAGCGGUGCCCGCAGACCGUUUGA